CAAUAUGUCAUAAUGGCUAAAAUGUCUAUCGAUUUCACAGUUUGCAAUGAAAACGUGGAUUUUAUGGGAAGUUUUGAUAGAAGAAUCAUGUGGGCCGUUACUUAUAUCACAACAUAAUAAGGUUAAUAAGUGUGCAAAAUAAAGGUUUCAAUUAAAAGGAACUUAAGUGUGUCAAGUGCGUGGGUGAACAAUUAACAACUCAUGUUAAGUAGAACUAGAUCUUCUUCAGAACUCCAAGUUAUCGGAAUAUAAAUCUGAACUAGCACAUAUACAUUGUGUAAAUACUUCUUACUCUUGUUAACAGCGCAGUAAUACUGAUAUAAGUAUUAGACGUACCGAAUAGAACCCUCGUUCUGUCACGUGACGUCAACUUACCCGGAUCUGACGUCAUCAGUGGACUAUGAGACUGGACUUGCCACAUUGGUGGAGUCAUCUGUGGAUUCAUCGCAAUUUCGAUUAAUGGAUUCAAACAUAACGUUGUGGCAGUUUUUACUGGACCUGUUGGUAAGCAACAAGCACAAAGAGCUUAUACAGUGGACGAACAAUGAGGGCGAAUUCAAACUGCUCAACCCGGAGGAGGUUGCCCAUCUCUGGGGACAGCGCAAGAACAAACAAAAUAUGAACUAUGACAAGCUUAGCAGAGCGUUGCGAUAUUAUUAUGACAAGAACAUCAUCAAGAAAGUGAUGGGACAAAAGUUCAUGUACAAAUUCGUGUCUUUUCCCGAAAUUGUGAAAACUGAAACAAAAGUGCCUUUCAAGCAGAAAAUGGAGACUCUGGCCCAAGAGUACGGGCAGCAGACGUACCCGCACCUAGCGUCAUACAAUUCGGCCGCCGUGAAGUCGUCUGCACAGAACGCCAUGAGCGGCUAUAUAAAAACUGAGGACUCCUCCUCGAACGAAAGUGACUCGUUUUUGAAGACCUCCGCGCGAAAACCACAUUCAUAUAAUGGGUAUUUAAAACAAGAACAGCUCACAGUGAAUCAAUCUCAGGCUGCUCAGGAUUUCUCGUCGGCCUCGAUGCCUGUGCUGCCUAUUUCAGUGGUAUCCACUCAUUGUUCUGUGAUAGCCAGUUCAUCGCAAUCUUUUAACAAUUAUACCGAAGCAAAAUUUACAUCGGUUGCAUCGCCACAAAAUAAUCAAAACAUUUCGAAAUCCAGUACAAAACCUAAACCAGGACCGCUAACAUUAAAUGUGUCCGCGAAUCCUACACCGCCUCCCCCGCCUCAUCCUGUAGUGCAGACGACAAUUACCGAGCCUUCGCCUGGACCAAUACUCAGUCCGAAAUUUUUCCCGGUGCAUACGCCGUUUGCGCUGUUUCCCCCUAGAACGCCGCUACCGUUACAUUUCUGGAGCUCCCUAAGUCCUAUCAUUACCAUCAGCCCUAGAAUGCCGUCGUCGUCAUCGGCGUUUCAAUUUCCGAACGGAAGUGGAGCGCAGUUGACUCUCCCAAAUUUCAGCGCCAUAGAGGGCUUGCAUUCGCCGGUUGUGUCUACUCCGAGCAAGAAAAUACCCCUUCAGUCGUAACGCCUGUAGAACUGCUGCACUAUUGACAGAGGCUCGUCCUGGGAAAACUGGGCUUAACCCAUUUAUGCCUAGUGGACUCUCCUAUCCAUCUAAAUUGGAUCAAUUUAUCUCCAAAUUUAGUGAUGUCUAGUAUAUUUAUUUCUAUAUUUAGAAUAUUUCUUACAUAAAUUCCUUUAAGCAAACAGCGCAGACCCUGAUGAGACGCCGCAUCAUGCGGCGUCUCUUCAGGGUCUACGCUGUUUGCCAAUGCCUUUUUUCUAGACGCUAGGCAUAAAUGGGUUAAUGCAUGUGCGUUAAGUGGCGUCCCAGAUUAGCGUGCUCAGUUCGCACUGUCUAAUCAGCUACGACACUUUCUGUCCGAACUGGAGUUUCGCUAAGAAGAGACAUCGUUUAAAGGAAACAUUCAAUCAUAUCUGAAGUUUUCGUCCCUGAUUAGCCUGUGCGGACUUCACUUGCUUAUAUAUGUGGCGACACUGGACGCACAUGCUUGAAGCCUAGUUUUCUCGGAGCGUGGCUAAAUAAGUAAUAUGUGAUUGAAAUGCUUUAACAUUCAGGUCAGUCAUUUUAUAUGAGUUAGCGGUUUGUGUUGUUGGCGCAAUCUAGCCCUUAAAGUGCUAAUACCUACAUGAAACAAGUGAUACAAAAGCAUGCCCGAUAUCUUGUGAAUUGUAAAUUUGUACUUGCACAUUAAACAUAUUGCCCACAUAUGAAAUGCACAACCGUACGCCCGAUAUAACAUACUACUUUGUAGCGCAAUGUGUGGAUUGUCAAUAUAACGUGGGAAGAGUUUGAGAUGUUCACUGUCAUAUGUACAAAUUUAACUACAUGUAUACAUUGGGGCGAAAGGCUGUGACGGCUUUGACCAGUACACAAACCGUUGUCCAUUUGUAAUUAAAUAGAGGCUUUUAUGAUGUCAUUGCGCUUUCAUGUUUACCUUUUGUCAUAACUGUUCAAAUAAUUUUGUGGAAACCCGUUCAUCAUUUUGUAAAACACAUUUGAGACACAGUUUAAAUAUAUUUAUACCAUGAUUAUUUGUUUUCGAUCAAAUGUCAAUUUUUUUUUUGAAACUCAAACAAUUUUAUUUAAGUAAAUACAGGCCACCGGCCCCAAAAUGCACAAUAUACACAUGUUAUAUAAAAUAUGAAUCGCGUCAUGCGAAAAAAUGGUCUAAUGAUUCCAUCUGCGGCCAAUGUAGAUGCAGACCAGCCUGCGCAUGCGCGAAGUCUGUUCUGAAGCCACCCUGUCAACUGUCACGCAAUGUUUUUAAGUCUCACAAGAUCACAAGUCGAAGGUCAAAGGUAAAAAACAUGUAAAAGUGCAGGGGAUGACCCAACUUGUAUGGACUGUAACUUCAUCAGUGUUCAGGCAAUUUGAUGUUAUGAUUUGCCAUUAAUUUGAAAAUAUUGAUAUAUUCCUUACAAAUAAGUUCUGCUAGGGCAAAGAGUAGGGGCAAGAUCUGCCUGGCAGAAAAAUGAUUCAAAUUAAUUAUAAAAAUUAUUGUAAACAUGCUUAAAACGCUGUCAACUGACAUCUGAGGAUAUUCUUGUGAAGGGUUAGUUAAUAUGUUUUAUUUUUAUUUUAUUAUACAUUUUUUAUUUUCUAAACACAUGUAUUUGCUUAUAUAAUAUACAUGCAGCAAUUGUGUAUGUUAUUUUAUAAAAAUGUUGACAUAUUUUAAACAACACUUAUAUUUUGAGGUAUGGAAUCUAGAUUAAACUUAAAAAAGUGUGAAUAUAAGACCACCGCCAAAUACUACAUUAAUUUGAGUUUAAUUUGAGUUUCACUAUACCGAUGUGAUGUAUUCAUGCAUAUUUAUUAUGAAGUACUACUAUUUUCGUGUGAAAACAUAAAAAAAAUAUCCAAAAUAUUAUCCAAUAUCUCACAAACUCCAUGACUGGGUUACCAUGACAAUUUAUGCAUAGUUAUAACUUGAAAACUAUUGUUGUUUUUUCUUGAAAAUUUAUCAAUAUUGUUUUUCUUGAUGCAACUGUUCUGUUUUAAGUCAUUCAUAGCUGGGUUGUUUAUUAUAAGUCCUAAUCAGUUGUAUUCUCAGGAAUCCACCUUAAGCUUUCAUUUUACAUGUAUCACAGUGUGUAUUGUUUUACAUAUUAUUUAGCCUCGCUCAGCGAAAAGGGGCUUUAAUGCAUGUGUGUAAAGUGUCGUCCCAGAUUUACAUGUGCAGUCCGCACAGGCUAAUCAGGGACGACACUUUCCGGUUUUAUUUAAAUAAUUGUUGAAAGGAAGUGUCUUGUAAACAAGCAUCCCGUAUCGGCGGAAAGUUUCGCAUUGCACAGGCUAAGCUGGGACGCCACUUUUCGCAUAUGCAUUAAGUCCUCUUUUCCUAGAGCGAAACUCCUUAUUAUCUUAAAGUAGUGUUGUUUUUAUGUUGCACAUUAUCCUGAACGAUAUUAUUAGUGCUAUCAUGUGAUUAAACAUCAUAAGCGA